AGAGAGGGAAGGGCGAGCUUGGGGCGCUUGGCUCUGCCAGGGUUACACGGAACGGAACCGGAUUCCUAGAGAGGACAGAAAGAAAGGUGGGGGUGGGACCAGGUCCUCCCGAUCCCAAGCCCCUCCCUCUCUCCCAAGGCGCUUCCUGCAAGCGGGGAGGGGGGGAGGCGGUGGAUGUUUUGUCUGCCUCCUUUGCAAGCGCUGCCUCGGUGUCUCCUCCUGCAAUCUGGAUUUGCAAACGCCUAUACUUAGGACAGACAGAACUGGGCAGAAGAACAAGGACUUUCUUCUGACCUCUUGGAAGCUUCCUGGGAGCCCAGAUGGAUGAGCAAGACUCAGCUGGCCCUGAAGCAGGAAGAGGCCAUGCCUUCGAAACUGGAAGCAGUGGGGGAUUCUGGGAAAACUCUCUGCUGAAGAUCCUGGGUGAGGAGAACACCCUCCACAAAGAUGUGCAGAGCCAGCAGUUCAGGCAGUUCUGCUACCAGGAGGCCAAAGGACCCCGAGAAGUUUGCAGCCGAUUCCACCACCUUGACCGUCAGUGGCUGAAGCCAGAAAGGCACACAAAAGCUGAGAUGCUGGACCUGGUGAUCUUGGAGCAGUUCCUGGCUGUCCUUCCACCAGAGAUGGAGAGCUGGGUGAGGGAAUGUGGAGCAGAGACCAGUUCCCAGGCAGUGGCCCUGGCCGAAGGAUUCCUCCUGAGCCAGGCAGAGGAGAGGAAGCAGGCAGAGCAGCAGGAUCUGUUUGCAGAAAUGGACCCGAAUUCCACUGAGGCAGAGAAGACUCCAUUGGACACCAAAGGAAGGCCACUGGGUAACAGAAUGAUGCCACGAAGACCUCCUCACCCAUCUUGGAAUGGAGGCAGGGGAGAAACAGCAGCUCUAGAACCAGAUCAGGGUCCAGUGUGCUUUGAAGAUGUAGCUGUUCAUUUCACAGACGAGGAGUGGGCAUUGCUGGAUCCUGACCAGAGAGCUCUGCAUAAGGAAGUCAUGCAGGAGAAUUGUGGGAUCGUGGACACUCUCAGGGGUAAUGAACUGGAAAUUAAAAACGAGGGAGACCAUGACAAUGUCUACACAAUGGAGAAGCGAUGUAGAGGGAAAUUUAAUGAAAACUCCCAUUCCACUUCCCUCCAAAGAAAUCCCUUUGGGAAGAAAUCCUAUCAGUGUUUAGAAUGUGGAAAGAGCUUCACCCAGACGGAAAGUCUCAUAACCCAUCAAAGAAUUCAUACAGGGGAGAAACCAUAUCAGUGCAUGGAAUGUGCAAAGAGCUUCGCCUGGAAGGAAAGUCUCACCGCCCAUCAAAGAAUUCAUUCAGGGGAAAAACCAUAUCAGUGCAUGGAAUGUGGUAAGAACUUCGCCUGGAAGGAAAGUCUCACUUCCCAUCAAAGAAUUCAUUCAGGGGAGAAACCAUAUCAGUGCUUGGAAUGUGGUAAGAACUUCGCCUGGAAGGAAAGUCUCACCACCCAUCAAAGAAUUCAUACAGGGGAGAAACCAUAUCAAUGUUUGGAAUGUGGGAAGAGUUUCAGUCAGAGUGCCCAUCUCACCACCCAUCAAAGAAGUCAUAAAGGGGAGAAACCAUAUCAGUGUUUGGAAUGUGGGAAAAACUUUACUCAGAAAAAAAGUCUCAGAUCUCAUAUAAAAAUUCAUAAAGGGGAGAAACCAUAUCAGUGCUUAGAAUGUGGAAAGAGCUUCAGUCGGAAAGAAAGUCUCACUUCCCAUCAGAGAAUUCAUACAGGGGAGAAACCAUAUCAGUGUUUGGAAUGUGGAAAGAGCUACAAUCAGAGAUCCAAUUUUAAGUCACAUCAAAGAAUUCAUACAGGGGAGAAACCAUAUCAAUGUUUGGAAUGUGGGAAGAACUUCAGUCAGAGUGCUAUCCUUAAGACACAUCAAAGAAUUCAUACAGGGGAGAAGCCAUUUCAGUGUUUGGAAUGUGGAAAGAACUUCAGUCAGAAAUUAACUCUUAGUUUCCAUCAAAGAAUUCAUACAGGGGAGAAACCAUAUCAGUGCUUAGAAUGUGGAAAGAGCUUUAGUCAGAGGACCAAUCUCACAGCCCAUCUAAGAAUUCAUACAGGGGAGAAACCAUAUCAGUGCUUGGAAUGUGGAAAGAGUUUCACCCAGAAGGAUAGCCUCACGAACCACCAAAGAAUUCAUACAGGGGAAAAACCAUAUCAGUGCUUGGAAUGUGGAAAGAGCUUCACCCAGAGAUUAACUCUCACUUUCCAUCAAAGAAUUCAUACAGGGGAGAAACCAUAUCAGUGCUUGGAAUGUGGAAAGAGCUUUAGUCAGAAGCCCCAUCUCACAGCCCAUCAAAGAAUUCAUACAGGUGAGAAACCAUAUCAGUGCUUGGAAUGUGGAAAGAGCUUCACCCGGAAGGAAAGUCUCACUCCCCAUCAAAGAAUUCAUACAGGGGAAAAACCGUAUCAGUGCUUGGAAUGUGGAAAGAGCUUCACCUGGAAGGAAACUCUAACUUCGCAUCUAAGAAUGCAUACCAGGGAGAAACCGUAUCAGUGCUUGGAAUGUGGAAAGAGCUUCACCCAGAAGCAAAGUCUCACAGCCCAUCAAAGAAUUCAUUCAGGGGAGAAACCAUAUCAGUGCUUUGAAUGUGGAAAGAGCUUCAUUCAUAGCGCCAAGCUCACGACGCAUCAAAGAAUUCAUACAGGAGAAAAACCAUACCACUGCCUAGAAUGUGGGAAAAGGUUCAGUCAGAGGGUGAAAAUGCUCACACUCACAACCCAUCAAAGAAUUCAUACAGGGGAUAAACCAUAUCCGUGUUUGGAAUGUGGGAAGAGCUUCAGCCAGAAAUCCAUUUUUAAGUCGCAUCAAAGAAUUCAUACAGGGGAGAAACCAUAUCAUUGUUUGGAAUGUGGAAAGAGCUUCAGUCAGAAUGCUAUGCUUAAGACACAUCAAAGAGUUCAUACAGGGGAGAAACCAUUUCAGUGUUUGGAAUGUGGGAAGAGCUUCACCCAGAAAUUAACUCUCACAUUCCAUCAAAGAAUUCAUACAGGGGAGAAACCAUAUCAGUGCUUGGAAUGUGGAAAGAGCUUCAUUCGGAAAUCCCAUCUCAGUUUCCAUAAAACAACUCACAGCGAGAAGAAACCAUAUCAGUGUAUGGAAUGUGGAAAGAGCUUUGCCUGGAAGGAAAGUCUCACAGCCCAUGAAAUAAUUCAUACAGGGGAGAAACCAUAUCACUGCUUAGAAUGUGGAAAGAGCUUCACCCAGAAGGAAAGUCUCAUAGCACAUCAAAGAAUUCAUACAGGGGAGAAACCAUAUCAGUGUAUGGAAUGUGGAAAGAGCUUCAGUUGGUACUCCCAUCUCAGUUCCCAUCAAAGAACUCACAGCAAGGACAAACCAUAUCAGUGCAUGGAAUGUGGAAAGAGCUUUGCCUGGAAGGAAAGUCUCACUCCCCAUCAAAGAAUUCAUACAGGGGAGAAACCAUAUCAGUGCUUGGAAUGUGGAAAGAGCUUCACCCAGAAGGCAACUCUGACUUCUCAUCAAAGAACGCACACCAGUAGUAGUAGUAGUAGUAGUAGUUGUUGUCGUCGUCAUUUUAUCACGAUUAAUGACCAGUAUCAAGAUAAAAAUACCGAUUACAAAAUUUCGAAGCUUAGAACAAAAUAAAAUAGUAUCAAAUCACAUACACAUAAAAAGUAGUUCCAAUUUGUCAUUUAUCUGUCAGAAAGGUGUUCAUUCUGAAAUCGACACAUUAUCAGCAGGUUUACGAAGAUACUCAGAGAGGAGAUUCACUUGAGAAUAAAACCUUUCUACCCAACGUUUUGAGAGCCAAAUAUAAGGUCCAGAAAAUGAGAUCUAAAUUACGAGAGAGUACAAGGCAGAAGCUUGACAGUGGAAUGAAAGAACAAUAUCACUUGCUGCUGAAUUUGCAGAACAGUGAAUCACGGGAAGGAGCAGUGGAGAACUUCUGAAACAACAAUGGGAUAUUAGCUCCGCCCAAGGCAUGAUGUACAGUAGCAACGGCUGGGAAAAGAUAGAUAUACAGCGGUACCUUGCAAGACGAAAUUAAUUCGUUCCACGAGUCGUUUCGUCUUGCGAUAAUUUCAUCUUGCGAAGCGCGGUUUCCCAUAGGAAGGCAUUGAUAUUUCAUUCAUGUGUUCCUAUGGGGGUAAGAGCAAAAAAGGCGCUGACUCACCCGCCACGGUCAGAGGUUUUUCAGGGGGAAGCAGCAGGAGGGCCAGGGAGAGGCUCCCUCCCUCCUUCCCCAGCAGCCAGACCCUCAUGCCCAAGCAGACAGACAGCCCGUUCGCGCGCAGGCAGGCUGGCUAUCUGGUUGGCCUCUCCUGUUCGCACUGUCCUGUUCGUGCGCAGGCGGCUCAAGAUGAGUGAGGGGGGAUCUGGCUGCUGCGGAAGCCAGGCGAUGGCGGCGGUGGAAGCGCGAGGCGGGCUGGCUCUCGGUCUGAGUUUCUCCUCGCGGCGCCCUGCUUCGUCUUGCAAAGUUUUCUAUUGCACAGCCAUAGAAAACUUCAUCUUGCAAGUCUGCCAAAAAAUCGCAAAAUAUUUUCGUUUUGCGAUUUUUUCGUGCCGUGUGGCAUUCGUCUAGCGAGGUACCACUGUAAUAUUUUACAAGGACAGGAAGGAACACAGACAGAAUAACUGACACACACAGGAGGAAUAAGGACAUAGUUGGAAUGUUUCGCUUAUAGAUUUACAAACCAUAUAAUAUGUUAACACGAAUGAAUGUCAAUAAUAAUAAUAAUAAUAAUAAUAAUAAUAAUAAUAAUAAUAAUAAUAAUAAUUUAUUAUUUAUACCCCGCCCAUCUGGCUGGGUUUCCCCAGCCACUCUGGGUGGCUUCCAACAGAAAAAUAAAAUACAAUAAUCUAUUAAACAUUAAAAGCAGGGCUGCCUUCAGAUGUCUUCUAAAAGUCUGGUAGUUGUUUUCGUCUUUGACAUCUGUUGGGAGGGCGUUCCACAGGGCAGGCGCCACCACCGAGAAGGCCGCCAGAAGGCCCUCGGUGAUGGACCUCAGUGUCUAUUGCAGUUGUUGUAUAAAGGAUUGUUAUUUCAACUGGAGUGUAAUUGAUAUGAAUAAGAUUUUGAAACGCAGAAAUAAAGAUCAAACCAUCAAUUCUAGUAUGCAGGAGGUCACCUAAAUUAUAUAAUUUGGCAUUUGAAUGAUUGAGAUUAGUAAUUGUAUUAUAAUUUGGCAUUGUUAUAAUGAGGCUUUCAUUCAAUUAGUGUAAUAAAUAAAAUUAUUGUAAAAAAAAAGCAUGCAUGACAGAUAGUCAUCCAACCUCUUGCUUAAAAACCUGCAAGGAAGGAGAGUCCACCAUCAGAAUAUUCUCCCUAAUGUUUAGUCCAAACAUUCUUCCUUGUAACUGGAAGACAUUGGUUUGGAUCCUACCCUCUGGAGCAGCAGAAAACAAGCUUGUUCCAUCUUCCAUGUGACCCUUGAUCGUCUUGGUCACCCUCCUCUGCACGUUCUAGCUUGUCAAUAUCCUUCAUAAAUUGUAGUGCCCAAAACUGGACAUAGAACUCUAGUGGAGUCUGACAAAGUUAAAAUAGAGCAUGAUUAUCUCUUUUCUGAAUUCGGGGACUAUGCUUAUUUUGAUGCAGACCAGAAUAAAAGGCAAAGGUAAAGGACCCCUGACAGUUAAGUCCAGUCACAAACGACUAUGGGGUUGCGGCACUCAUCUCGCUUUACUGGCCGAGGGAGCCGACAGUUGUCCACAGACAGUUUUUCUGGGUCAUGUGGCCAGCAUGACUAAGCUGCUUCUGGCAAAACCAGAGCAGUGCAUGGAAACGCCAUUUACCUUCCCGCCGGAGCAGUAUUUAUCUACUUGCACUUUGACGUGCUUUCGAACUGCUAGGUUGGCAGGAGCUAGGACUGGGCAGCGGGAGCUCACCCCGUCAUGGCGAUUCGAACCACUGACCUUCUGAUCG